GAGACUGUGCUGGGACCAUCAAGGGGCAAGCAUUUCUAUCUGUCUUGCCCCACCCCUCUGCCUGGGCCAUAUCAGGAGGAGUUGCAGACUGAGAGAUGUUGCUGGACUGGAUGGGAUGCACUGUCACCUGCAAGCACGGCAGAUACUCUGUAUCACCCAGCUAUGGCCUUCCAUUGAGAUCCCUGCAUUGAUGGUGCCAGCCGUGUAUCUCUCGCAAGGGAAUUUCACAAGAUUUUUUCAUUCUAGAUAACCAACACGAGGGUGAAUGAUCAGUCUGCAGUUGAAAAUGGCAACCCCACAAGCUUCUCUAAUGUCCAUACAUUCCUUCUCAAUUGUCACCAAAUUUCUCGCCCGUUGGAUCAAUUUUUUGCUAAGGCACUGUGUCUCGGGACUCGGAUUUGGCAAAGAGGCCUACCUUCCUGCUCCCCUAGAGGAAGAAGAGGAGAAUCUACUCUCCCCCGAAGCUUGUUACGAGUGCAAGAUCAACGGUUACCCCAAGAGUGGACGGCACCGGCGCAGCGUCAACGGCACCGGCGAGCACCAGAAACUGGACGUCAGCCUGGCCAGCAUCGACGUGGGCGCCCCCAUGGUGGUCGCACUCAACCUUUCCAACCUGGGUCCCAAGGAGCACAUCCUCGAGCUGCUGCCUGCCAUGGCCCCGCUGGAGAACCGCGUCCGCUACAUCAUCGCCCACAGGAACCAAGCGGGCUACUUCCACAUCCACCAGAAGGAAGGUCUCAGCUACCUGCACUUAGCCCGCAAGCAGGCCGCCCUCGGCACUUACAUGCUGGAGAUUGCCAGCGUCCCCCUCUACCACAAGCGGGAGCUGCGGGAACUAGAGGCCCUGAAGGAUCUCGACUACCUCACUGGAGAGCUGGGCGAGGCGCUCAAGAUGAGGUUGCAGCUCCAUCUCUUUUAAACCUGCCCUCAGACACACCCACGAAGCCAAGGGCUCGGACGGUGCGCCGCCCCACAUCAACCCCCCCCCCAGGAAAAUCAGCACCUCUCCCCCCCAUGCCUCGGCAUCCCAAACAGCCCCAGAUCUGGACCAGAGCUAAUUCUGCUGUCCAAAAUCAAAGGCAUCUUUCAGGCGGCUGUCCUUAUCCAUGCUCCUCUCCCACCAAUGCCCUCAGCGUGGGACUCCAGCGGCAGAGGUGGGUCUGUAAGGGCAGAUGGGGCCCAGCCCCACCAACCUCAGUCUGCUCUCAGCUGGCCCCCACACCUGCCUGACAGUCAUACUUGCAAGCAGUCCAGAGGGCGGUCCUGCCAGGCUGCUUCUUCCUCCCGCAUCUCAGUGCUGCACCGCUGCUCCGCCUAUCAUCGGGUUUGGCUCCGCCUACUGCUUGGGCGCCUUGCCUUCCGCCCCACCGGACCCAGUGGUCACUAGCCGCCUCUGGACUCCAGGAAAUGACAGAGGUAUGGACUGUGCAAGCAAAGCCAUCAACUCGACGUCCCUCUUUCCGCUGGAGAACCCUGUUGCUCCAACACUCCCUCCUCUGUUUGGCACUCCUCCAUGAGCCUUGAGGAUUUAUUCAUCCCUGAACAUCCAAAGCAAGGACAGCUUUCCAUCUCCACUGGGCUCUUGGUCCAUUUCAUGCUUUGCUCCCGAGUUUGUGGGCGGGCACAGCUGAAAGCAGGCCGGUUGUGUCAGAAGCUGAGCCUGUCGGUGAUGGUUGGGGGAAGCUAGCCAGGCCUGUAUCCGAGCCAGUCUCUGGAGUCCUCUCGGGUGCGCUGGAGUUAGUUGAGCAGCGUUGAAGUACAUUGUGCUGUUUAUAGGGACCAAACCACACGGGAAUAGCAGCUCUGUGAAGGGUAAAGUACAGUUCCCAGGAUUUUUGGGGGGAAGCCAUGUACUUUCAAUGUGUGGGGUGGAUGUGACCUCUCCGAGAGGGGCAACGACAGGGAUUUAUCAAGCCAAUGAGCACGCUGUCCAAUUUCACAUCCAUAUUAUCGAAACUUGGCAGAUUAAAUCAGCUUUUCUGCAUUCCGGGGCCCCCAAGACCCCAGCAUCAUAGGGCCGUGCUGGCUAGGGCUGUGAUCCGAAACUUGGGGAGGGAGGCACCAAGGUUCAGGAAAGCAUAUUUAAGGCUCAUCAGGGCAAAUGGGAUGUUGCCCUGCCAACCUCGCUCUGCCCUCACCCAGCGCCCUCAACUACCUGCCUCGUUUACAGCCAGUCAGGGGGUGGCUGUGCCCAUCAUCGGCGCUGUGCCUUCCGCCCUGCCAGUCCCAAAUGGGCAUCAGCCAACACUGCUUCGGAGUGUGCCGUCCCAUUGGCUGUGGGCACCAGCCAUAGCUAGGAAACUGGGCUCCAAGGUGUCAAACUCCCCACCCCACCCCCAAGGUCACCACCUCCCCAAAUCCUGAUGUGUUUAUGCUCAACGGAGACCCAGAAUAAGAGCCUCCGUUUGCUUCAGGGAAAUGAGCAUCCAGCAUGAACACCGACAAACUCAGGCAUAUAUAUAUGAGAGAUCUUCUCAUGCAGCUAUUUUUUUCUAAGAAAGGGGGGUUCCUCUCCCUUUGACUCCUCAGAAACCUUACAUGCCUCCUCAGAAUGGUGGGUGCUAGCUAACCCCUCAAGCAAAGCUUGUAAAGCUUCACAUGCGCUUUUCCCCAAAUGCAAAUUAAUUUCUGCGUUUCCUUUUAGAAAAGCCUUCCCAAGGAAAACCACAUCUCAGACACCAAGAACCAAAACCACAUCCCAAGCACCAAGUUUAAAGGUUGAGAACUUGGUUUGGUCGUGCAUAACCUGUCACGACCCCUUUUUCUCUCGUUCCCCUUUUAUCACAGUAGAGAGACAGCUUAUUACCAGAGCUCAAACUAUAGCACUGGUCACACCUCAGGCUGGGAAGGUUUAUCAUUUCUCCUGAGCCAGCUCCACAGAAUAGCAGAGUCGGAAGGGGCCUCUAAGUUCAUUGAGUCCAACUCAAUGCAGAAAUCCAACCUAAAGCAUAAAGCGAUAUGCUCGAGAAGAACUCUCGUUCAUGCCAGCGGGGCAGGACGACAAGGGGAAAAUUCCCAGCGGACAGAGGGUUGGGGACAACUUGGAUUCAGUUUCCAUUUAAAGGCGAACCGACUCAGUUCGCACUUUCUGAAACAAUAUGCACACUGACACACAGCCACCUUCUGACAUUUGCGCUUCUUUGAAUUGUGCAAUGCGGCUGUCCCAUCGAGUAAUGAGGACAAAAUACAUAGACGGGGGGGAGGGAAUCUGCAUAAAAAGGCAAAUGUUCGCGAAGAGACUCUGCAAAAUGUGUUCUAAUCCAGGAAAUUGUUUUGCAGAAAAAAAAAACAUGUACGCAAAGUUCCCCACAAAGGUGUGUAGCUUGGGAGAAAUUCACACUAAAAUGAAGAAUGCAGAGAACUACAUUUAAAAUUGAGACAAAAAGCGAAAUGGAAAUUAACAAGACCCGUCCGUCCCCAGCCUGCUGGGCCUGCUCUGGAUCCUUCCCAUUCUUUUCCAUCCCCUCCUUUUUUAAAAAUAUCUGGGUGUUAGGAGAUGGCCUUGGGCCCCUUUAACACUUGAAACCCUGGCCCUCCCCAGUUCACCCUACUGUCGGCAAGGCCACAAACCACAGUCCUCCUGACACAACAAAGUGGCUAGUCUGGAUUUGUUCUCUGUCUUGUUUCGUAAUUCCUCUUCCUCUGGUGGUUGGUUUUUUUUGGGGGGGGGUGCCAAAUGGUGCUUCCUCCUCUUAUGAAUAAUAAUAUGAUUGAUGAUGAUAAUCUAUUAGCCGAGGGGUGUUUGUGCGUGCGUGUGAAAGGUGUGGCCCUCAGGUUCUUCGCACCAAGUCUGUGACUUUCAUUUCAUGCACCAGCAGCUUGUUUGUGGAGGGGAGGGGGGUUAGGGCAGGGCAGUCAGAAUCUGAAGAGCCAUGAUACGAUUGUGGCACCCCAGUCCAACCCUUUUUUCAAAGGGGCUUUUCCCCUCCUCCCCCUUCCCCGCUUAAUAUUCCACAAAAAAAAUAAUAAACGCUUCACCGAUUACCAAAA